AUGAUCGACGGAUCGACAUUCUCUUCCCACAUAUCUGCACUAAGAUCUCUCAUCCAUGGUAGACGGCUAAGACUUAACCGCGGGAAUGACGGCCAAAUAUCACUUUCCGACAAUUUAAGCGAUGUUUCCUUUCGCGCCUGGGAUAUUGGCUUCACGGCCUUCAGCGGCAGAUAUCAGGAACUGUUUGCGAUAUGUCAGGCUCUACCGGGACCAGGCAGCACAAAAAUGCUUUUCUGUCUAAUUUUAUCGCGUGCUGGCUUCAUACUCGUAGUGGCAGUGUUUUAUAUGGAGGUAAAGCGCAUCUCCCUGAUGAGUCUUCCCGGAGCAAGAGGAAUGUAUACCUUGUCCUUUGGUGUUCAACAUAUCAGCGAUAUCCUUCUGUCUCCAGUUUAUAGUCUUCUGUUCGGAUUUAAUUCUUCGACUGUUGGCAUUAUCGCCCUUGCAGCUGUUCAGCUAGCAGAGAAAGCUAUUAGGGACAAGUUACCCCGUAUCCUUGCUAUUUUUGGCGCCUGCGCAGCAAUGUGCUAUAACACCCUAUGGUAUUUCCCGUUGCUUAUGGUAAUCGGCGGACUUGCAACAGUGAUCUGGGACGGUUGGAUGAGUCAAAGGAUUAGAAUAUUAAAGGCUAAGUUGAAGCAGAGGAGGUCGAUCUUGGAUUAUACAACGAAGAAAUGUGACUGUUGCAGAAAUCCGAGUCUUGAAAAUCCACAAACGCCACCAGAGCGCUCUUCGGACCAAGAUCAACAGCAGUAUCAACAUCAGGCUUCUUCCGAUCACGCAAUCCGAGUCCAAGUUGGUAUCGCUAUUGUUGUCCUCUUCUUUGCCUCCUAUAUUGGCGUACUUGUUGGCUGUAGCGUCAAGCUUACGCCUGCUCUUGCACUCGAUCUUUUCGCCAACACGUAUCUUGCGGGUACGAUCAUAUUUGGAGGGGGACCAAUUGUGAUUCCGCUACUUCGUUCAUACAUUUUAGGGCCUGAAUUGGUUUCAAGUCCCCAACUUCAAGUUCGCGGUGUACCUUGGUGCGCUUUCCUGCAAUCAAUUCCAUUUCCAACCAUUUUUGGUUCUUUACUAGGCUUCCUGGGUAUUUUGCUUCCAGGAAUUGCGUUAACAGUCGCUGUUCAGAGCUUUUGGCGAGCCUUAAGAAAUAAAUGGGUUAAUGAUCUCCUGAGGGGAGUAAAUGCUACAGCAGUUGGCCUAUAUCUCACUUCACAGGAUGCUUCUGGGCAGAGCCUAGGAAGAGAUCCGUGA